UAUCUGAAAUUGAAAGCCUUGUUGCACGUUAGCUCGGGUUGGCUAAAAUGGAAGUAAAAAUGUACAAACUUGUUUAAGGUAUAUAGCUGCCUAGAAUAGUUAGUUUAUACCGUACUGGCGUUACAUUUGUAACUUUAUUUUGUGUCGUCGUGAUGGAAAGGAUCAGAACACGACUACACCUGGGCGGAAAAAACAAUUCUUCUGAGCCAGCUAAACUGAGGAAAAGAAAAUCUAAAUUAUACAGUCCAGAUGACACGACAAGCCGAUUUGAAAAUGGUUUCCUUGGAGUCAAUGUCACUUUGUUCACAGUGGCAUUUCGUCUCAUUAAUUGUUUCCUGGUGCAGACCAACUUUGUCCCAGAUGAAUAUUGGCAGUCCCUUGAAGUGUCCCACCUCAUGGUUUUCAAAUAUGGCUAUCUUACCUGGGAAUGGACAGAGGGCAUUAGAGGCUAUGCUUAUCCACUCUUCUUCGCAACCAUAUAUAAAAUACUGCACUUUCUAAGUUGCGACACGGUUCAGCUUUUGGUGUGGUUGCCACGUGUGAUGCAAGCCCUUCUCGCUGCAUUGGCUGAUCUCAAACUUUAUUCUCUUAUCCAAAGAUUAGAGCAUCCCGACAUCGCCAGAUGGAUGUACUUCUGUCAGCUUUGCUCCUGGUUCACUUGGUAUUGCUGCACAAGGACACUGACUAACACAAUGGAGACUGUUCUCACCACGCUGGCUCUUCAUUACUACCCCCUGCCAGGCUCCAAGAUGUAUAGCAGCUCAAAGUACUUGACUCUGGUUGCCUUGGCGAUCCUUGUUCGACCAACAGCUCUUAUUGUGUGGCUCCCUUUGUUGGCAUGGCAUUUCUGGCAGGAACGUGACAAGCUGAAGCUUCUGUUACACCAUGUCCUUCCCAUAGGGGCUCUAACUUUAGGGACCUCUACAGUAGUAGACUGCAUACUGUAUGGCAAGUGGACCCUGGUGAAGUUAAAUUUCCUCAAGUUUAAUGUCCUAUACAACGUGGCAGAGUUUUAUGGGUCUCACCCCUGGCACUGGUACUUCACCCAGGGAUUCCCAGUUGUUCUGGGCCCUCACCUCCCCCUCUUCCUUUAUGGAUGCACUCUUACUCCAAAAAGAUACAGGAUACUGUUGAUAACGGUUAUCUGGACAGUCAUGGUUUACAGCUUGCUUGGACACAAGGAGUUCAGAUUCAUUUACCCGGUGGUGCCGCUGUGUAUGGUGUUUUGUGGCUUUUCUCUGGCAAGCCUAAAAGCCUGGAAGAGGCCUGCCGCGUGUGCCUUGUUGGUGUUGAACCUGAUCCCAGGCCUCUACACCGGACUUAUCCACCAGCGUGGCACUCUGGAUGUCAUGAGCCAUCUACAGCAGCUGUGUGACAUCACUGAUCCACAGCCAGAGAUCCUCUUCCUCAUGCCCUGUCACUCCACACCUUUCUACAGCCACAUGCACUGUCCCAUCAGAAUGCGGUUCCUAGAGUGUCCUCCAGAUCUGACUGGAAGCAAAAGUUAUGUGGACGAGGCUGACUUGUUCUUUGCUGAUCCCAACGGUUGGUUGAGAAGUGCAUAUCCCAACCCAGAAUCACUACCCUCCCAUAUGGUGUUUUUUGACACACUUGAACAGGAGAUAUUUAUGUUCUUGGAAUCAAACCGAUACACAAGAAACACGGAAGUGUUCCACACUCACAUUCCUGAGGGGCGAGUUGGAAGAAGAAUCUUUGUCUACGAAAGAACACUGUGAACAAAGCAACAGGUCAUUACUGGUCAAAUCUGAAGGCCUCUCCUGGCAAAAAUAGGAUGUGUACUGUAUAAUAAUGUCUUUACAUACAUUUUUUUACCUUGUAGAUGUCAAGUGUCAUCAAAAAUAGUAGGUUAUGUAAAUAAGUUUACCAUAUUUUGUAUUUCAUGGCUUACUGCCUGGGUGCAAAAUAUUCCAAAAGUCGUACCUUCCCAAGAUGUUGGACCAUUAUCAAAGAUGGAGAAAGGGGAAGGCAUCAUUGUCACACUGCAAAAUUAUUACACACCAGGGAUAUGCUGCACAGCACAACAGAGAAACUCGUCUUUUUAUUAGAGAACUACUCUGAGUUGCACUCUUCCAGCAGCCUAACUGCAAAACAAUAUAUCUCUGCUUCAGGAAGACAAACUACAAUCGGAAUGUUACAGGAAAAGUAACGAUAGCAUGACCAAACAUUAUCACUUGGGAAGUACACUAUUACACCCUUAGCUCAUUGCAAUUCCAUAAACAGAGCUGCUUAAUGUUCAACUGUAGUAGCAUCACACCAUUAGAACACACAAAGCAUCUGAUAAAAUUAACCUAUGGAACAAGUACUAUAUAUGAGUUAUACAUUUAAUUAUUCAUCAGUUAAAUGAAAAUGAAUGUCAACUCAUUGCAUCUCCCAUACUGAACUGAAAUAAACAAACCUUUUGGUCCUCUGUACAUA